AUGGCCACCACCAACCCAACAAUCAACCGCCUCUGGCGAUCCCAAAAUAUCAUCACCAAUAUUCUCACCCACUUAGAUACCUCCUCCCAAUGUUCCCUCCGCCUUGUAUCCACUGAAAUCUGCGGCCUAAUAACCAGCGAGAUCUUCAUCCGAACCCGUAUAACCUUCACUCCCACCUCACUCACUCGACCUUCCCGUCUAGAAGCUCUCUCUCGGAUCGGAAAAUACAUUCAACACCUGAUAUUCUACAUGCCUCACUCCAAUGCUACAUUUCUUCCUCCUCUCUUGAACCCUAUCACUGGUCAGGAGAUCAACUUUCUGUAUACACCACAUACCAGCAUGGCCCCUCACAACGAAAGGCCUAGUAAUCGACGUCCCAAGUAUGGAUGUCCUGAGCUAGGCGAGAUAUUGACUCAACAAUAUCCACCUCUCUUUCAUGCCGCGACCAAUAUCCCCACAUUCAUUAAAGCGCUAUCUUAUCUACCCAACCUGCGCCAUCUGACAAUCUCAUGUCCAGAUCAAGAUCCUUCGCAGAGGUAUAGAAGGGAUAUUGUCGAUUAUGCACUUAUAAGCCUACGCAUUGCCAUUGAGCGAGCGCCGGUAUUGAAGUUGGAGAAACUGUCCAUCCACAUCCAUCCAUCUGGACUGCAAUACCUGCGUCAUAUGUCUGGUUUUGGGUGUACCCCAUCUGCAGGACGACGAUGGAGACAAAUAAGAAAGCUCAGCAUCACGAUGGAUUCAUGGGACUUCCAAAGUUUACUGCCUGGUCGCGAUCAUUUGAAGAUUUUGGAUGAUUACAUUCGGAACUUUGCGCCGAGUUUGGAGAAAGUGAGUUUUGGAUGGCAUGGAAGGAAAGGUCCUUGUCCAUAUUCUCUAUUCAGUGAUCCAUUAUUCGCGCCACCAAAAGAGACGAUCAAGUUAUUUGGAGAAGUGACAUCCCCGAUGUCGCCAUUACCAGCUGCUCCUCCAAGACCACCAAUGGUAUUUCCCAAAUUGCGAUAUAUGCAAGUGAGGAAUACCACGAUGUCGGAGCAGCAGGUCGCAGAUUUUGUUUAUGAACAUCGACACACGGUGAAAGAAUUUGAUUUUGAGAAUACCACGUUGAUAAAUGGUGGCACUUGGGAGCGAGCAUUGGCACCAUUGACGUCGAGAAAUUGUCGAAGCAGUGAUGAAUGGUUGUCUCAACCGAGCGGAUCUGAUGUUGAUAGUUUGCAAUAUCAGAGUGGUAGUGGAUUGUAUGAUAUUGAAGAGGCACCGGAAGUAAUUGAUACUCUGUCUGGCGUAACAUUGCCUGGUAUGAAGGAGUCAUCUAUAACAGGUACAAAGCUCAAGAGAAAGAGGUCGCAUCAUCGCAGACGGAGACGCAAGCAUAGGCAAAAGGAAAAUGAGAUUGAGAAGAAUGAUGAAGACGAUUCUGGUAAAGAGGUAAAACUAAAGAUUUCGGCUCCAAUACCGAUUGCUUCGCCUCCAGUAGAGUUAUUACACCCAAUGACUUUUGAUCCCAAUAUACAAGGCGUUCAGCGUAACUUUGAAAAGGAGGAUGCUCAACAGGAAUUGAUUGAUGAUCCUGAUAAGAGGAUAAUGGCUUUGAAGAAGGCAAGAGAAGCUGUGCUAAAGCAGCUUGGCAAAGAGUUCUGCAAGACUCAAGAUAAAAAAGAAUGGGUAUUGACAGCCUGGCCCAAGCCUUUGCAACUAGGGGCCUCAUGUUCUUCGCCAAAGAAGUCCAGAGGGUUUUUUGGUCAUGAGAGUAGUACCGCAUUGGUACCUUUGAUGUUUAGUCGGUAUUAG